ACUUCCCUUUCCUCCGGGCUCUGGGGACCGUCUCCCGACGGGAUCGUGGGACAGCUGUGGCCUCCCGCUCGGAAGGGUCUCUCUACGCGGCGGCAGCCUGUGCGGGAACCACGCACUCCAGCUGUCAGCCUCGGCAGCCGGCGAGGAGCGGGGUUCCGCGGGCGCUAGCUGCUGUCGAGCCCGGCGUCCAGCUGCCAACUUUGUCCCUGUAUCUGUCUCCUCGCCUCUGCCCUCGGGGUAUGUAACGGCCAUGCCUGUGGACACGCUGAGCCCUGGAGCCCCUGCUGCUCCCUCCCUACCUUUCCGCCUACGAACCAAGGUCCCCAACUACCUGCUACCAAAGCCAGCUGAUGGGAGAGCCCGGAAGCCGAGCGCUGUGGAACGCCUGGAGGCCGAUAAGGCCAAGUACGUCAAGAGCGUGCAUGUGGCCAACACCCGUCAGGAGCCUGUGCAGCCCCCGCUGGCCAGACAGCCCCUCUUCAGCCCUGGUCCUUGCAGCUCAGUGCUCACACCCAGCCGCCGAGCUGUGCCCUGUCCUGGCCGCCGGCCCCAACUGGACCUCGACAUCCUUAGCAGCCUCAUCAACCUGUGUGAUAGUCCCGUGUCCCCAGCUGAGGCCAGCCGAACGCCUGGGCGGGCAGAAGGAUCUGCUCGUAAGGUCUCACCAGCCACUGCUCCUCGUCCACCGCCUAAUACGGUCGCAGUGCGCCGAGUGGACGUUCGUCCCCUGCCUGCCUCACCUGCUCGGCCCUGUCCAUCACCUGGCACCACUGCCACUUCCAGCCCGGGGCGGCCCCCUGGUCUGCAACGCUCCAAGUCGGACCUGAGCGAGCGCUUUUCCAGAGCAGCUGCAGAUCUUGAGCGCUUUUUUAACUUCUGCGGCCUGGAUCCAGAGGAAGCGCGAAGAUUGGGGGUGGCUCACCUAGCAAGGACUAGCUCGGACAUUGUGUCUCUCGCCGGACCAAGUGCCGGGCCUUGCAGCUCUGAAGGGGGCUGCUCGCACCGCAGCUCUGUUACAGUGGAGGAGCGGGCCCUGGAGCGUGUCCCCUACGGGGUGUCAGUGAUUGAACGCAAUGCCCGUGUGAUCAAGUGGCUGUAUGGGUUGCGGCAGGCACGUGACCCUCCUGCCACUGAGGGCUAGGCCUCCUGGACUCAGGCUUACCGGAAGGACAUCGUGGAGUGACAGUUGGCACCUUGUCCUUUCUUGUAUCCACUGGCUGACUUCCUGCAGACUCAGAGGCAGCUAGCUUCCUUGGGUAAACUUGGUGCAGAGACCAAGACUUAGGACCUAGACCAGCAUCCUCUGGCAAGCAAGGACUGACCUGCAGAGGGUUGCUGUUGCCCUUGGCCUCCCCCAUUUCCUAACAAGGUUUGUGACACCAGUGUGCUUCUGCCUGGUUCCUCUGGUGAGGCUGGAUUUGGGCCACUUACCUUCCACUGAAUUGGGUAUCAAGCGCUUUUCCGAGUCUGUCUGCCCCGGGGCUCUGUUUCCUCCUUCCUUCUCUGUCCUCCUUUGUUGACUUCCUGUUCCUCACCCAGUGGGCCCUGGGUUCCUGGAAACUCACCCUGGGGAGGAGGUUGAGAGGGCUGGUCCUGGCUAUCAUUCUUCCUGGUCUUCAGCAGUUGGCCUGGGUGGGUAGACUGGAAAAGGGACUGGCUAGAAGCCUGCUGCUCUGACUUUCCUUUGGUUAAUAAACACAAAUGUUUGUUUCUCAA